AUGAGAGCCGUUGAUAGGUUUCAGGUUGCUCGUCUGCCCACGCUUGACCUGGCCUUUGAUAACUCUGAAAAACUACUGUACAUACUUUUGAAUGUUACAUGUUUGAAAAAUAUUCCUCGUUUAGAUAAAAAAAAUUCUUGCCAUUUAGAGACUGUACUAGAUGAAGGCAGUGGAAGCGCAGUGGUAACGUGGUCGCUUGGUAAACCGAGUCAAGCGGAUUCAAAUCCUGGGUCUCGCACCUCUGAUAUUUUCGAAAGACACGUGCAGUCCGCCAACCCACACUUGGCCAGCGUGGUGUCAGGU